AUGUUCUCCAAGAUCUUCUCCGCCGCUACCGUGGCUCUUGCUGCCUCCAGCAUGGUCUCUGCCCAGACCUUCACCACCUGUGACCCUACCAAGAAGGACUGCCCCGCUGAUCCUGCCCUGGGCAAGUCUGUCAGCAUUGACUUCACCAAGGGCAACAACGACGACAUCUUCCGCAAGCUCGAUGGUACCUCCGUCAAGUUCGAGGACCAGGGUGCUCUCUUCGCCAUCAACAAGGAGACCGACGCUCCUACCAUGGCCUCCAAGAAGUACAUCUUCUUCGGCAAGCUCGAGGUCGUCCUCAAGGCCGCCCCCGGCAAGGGUGUCGUGACCUCCGUCGUCCUCCAGUCCGACGACCUCGACGAGAUCGACUGGGAGUGGAUUGGCAGCGACACCGCUCAGGUCCAGACCAACUACUUCGGCAAGGGUGACACCACCACCUACGACCGUGGUGCCUACCACCCCGUCGCUGACCCCAUCAACCAAUUCCACACCUACACCAUCGACUGGGACCAGAACUCCGUCAAGUGGUUGAUCGACGGCAACCUCGUCCGUGAGCUCAAGUACGCCGACGCCAAGGGCGGAUCCCGCUACCCCCAGACUCCCAUGGAGGUCAAGAUCGGAACCUGGGUUGCCGGCCGCAAGGACGCCCCCAAGGGCACCGUCGACUGGGCUGGUGGUUACACCGACUUCAACGAGGCUCCCUUCAACGCCUACUACAAGAGCAUCACCAUCACCGACUACCAGGGUGGCAAGAAGGGCGCCACCUCCUACGUCUACGGUGACCGCUCCGGCAGCUGGGAGUCCAUCAUCGUCAAGACCGACGGCAGCACCGACGACAAGUCCUCUUCCUCCGCCGCCUCCAGCAAGACCACCUCCAAGGCCGAGUCCAAGACCACCCUGUCCACCGUCGCUUCCGGCCCCGCUACCGCUGCCACCGGCUCUGCUCAGGCUUCUGCCACCGGCUCUUCUGCCUCCGCCUCUGGCUCCGGCUCUGGCUCCGGCGCCACCGGUGCUUCUCAGACCGGUGCCUCCAGCACCACCACUGCCCCCGCCACCGUCACCGGUGCCGGCUACAUCAACAAGGCCAACCUGGCUCUUGGUGCCGCCGGUCUCUUCUUCACCUUCCUGCUGUAA